AUGCUGAGAACAGAAAAAGUCUCAGCUACUAAUCUUAAAAAUCUCGCAUAUACUAUCCUAAAAAACUUCAAUGACGAUACAGUUAAAAAUAAGAAAUUCACCGAGUUGCCUAACUGUAUAGAAUGCGAUAAGAAAAUUUUUGCCAGCCCCAAUAAAGCAUUCACAGUCCUACUUUGUGGUCACACCGUUGAAAUUCUUGAGGAGUUUACUGAGCCCGAUUCUCAAUUCAGCACUUCGUCAAUAGUUGGGAAGAUGGGAAAGCAACUUACUAUCCAAUCUCAGGAAAUUAUUGAUGAGGAGAUGCCGGAUGUAGAUAAUGGGGCGAAUAAAGAUAAAGAUAAUUUGAAGGGAAUAGGUGGCGAUAUAGCGGAGGGAGUCCAAAAAAGACCUAUUGAAGUUACUAGUGAAGAGACAUCCACGAUGCUAGAUAAAUCGCCUAGUAAAAAAGCAAAAUUUACCAAACCGGUCAAUAGAGAAAAAUUGGUGAACUUGAAAAAACUUAUUGAUGAAUUGCUAUCUAACUAUAUUCAUCCGCAGAUUGACGAAUUUGUUGAAGAGAGUGUCCUAGAAGGGAGUAGUAUUAAUUUUUUAUAUUUAUUCAAAAAAAUUGAUUACACUGAAUCUAGGAACGAAAUCACAAAUCAAGAGUACAAAAAAGAUAAUGGUAAAGAAGUAUCCAAUGCUUUAGUUUUUGAUGACGUUAGGAAACAAAUUCCAAAAGUGAGCGAUACUGCAUUGCGAAAGAGAAUAGAAAGAGCUCGAAAAAUAUAUAAGCUUUUUACUGCUAUCAUUAAUG